AUCGAAUGUGUCAGUCAGUGGCUCUGCGAUACUGCCGAGGCCCUGAGAAAAAUCUCUUUUGUUGAUGAUACACCGCGCGAGGGCAACCUCAAAUAUCCGGUCUAAAGGGAAGGGAACGCAGGUGCUUGGUCCUGUUCGCAGGACCUUUUGGUGUUGAGAGGAGUGUCGCUUUGGAAUACGGCCGUUGGGAUGUUUUUUAUUUUUGUCUUUUUUACUAUUUGGCUCAUAUACUUCUGUCUCGAGACGAGCAUAUUAUCCAGAACUUACCCGCUCGCGCGGAUUUGCCUGCAUCUGCACUUGUGUCACUAUUCUGUACCUGUCCUUCCUUGCUUUCCUCUGUUCAUGGAACAUCUUUUGGAAUCCUUGUGCAUUAACCUGAUGUGCGUUGAUAGGGCUGCCAGCCGGGGUAAACACUACUGGCAAACAACCUGGAAGACUCGUGAUCAUACGGUAUCCAGACUAAUUGUGGCUUUUCUUUUUUCUUUUCCCUCUUUACUUCUCUUCUUUCUUAUUUGUCGUUGCUUUAGUGAUUAUUAUUUUUUCACACCGCAUUCUGCGCUAUUCCCACCAACUAAUACCUUGUUUGAUCCUCCCCCCGGUCCUUUAUGCGCUGUCUCUGGGGAGAUGGGCUGGUCUAAUUCGACAGAUAAGGCACCCAUCCAUAAGGGACCCUGUCAGGUCCUUCGGCCUGCCAGCAACCGGGGCUUCCCCCCUCCCCACGGUUUGCCUCGUUUCUUUUUUGACGUUCGGCCCAGGCAAGAUGGCAUUUUUGUACCAUCCCGGUACUUGGCCUGUCUGUCUGUCCAUGCCGACAUGUGUUUGUAACCAUUACGUAUCAUACUACUACCUAUCUACUAUGCUGUCGCUCUUUUUGGUGAUUUCACAUCAAGCCCAUUGGUGUAUUGCUACUACUACGUGACGCUUUUGAAUUUAUGCCAUUGGCGGGUGGAGUCGAGAAAAGAAAAAACCCUCUUUGCAACGGAUGUAUUCUGGGGCAUGCAUGAGAGUUGAGCUAAGGGAAAUGUUUACUUCCACUUAGUUUGGGCCCACAUUUUCUGGUGACACGCCCUAGUUGCCACCAGAAGCCACCACAGCUUGGGCACGUGGUGAUGGAGGGUUACAUACCGCUUAUAUGAGUGGCUUAAGCACUACUUGUCUACGGGAUCUCAGCAAGAACUGAACCCUGAAAGAAGGGUUAUUAUGCGAUAUUGGUAUCAUUAACAUUACUAUCCUAGGGGAAGGGAAUAU